UCCUAUCAAAGCGUUUUCAGGUUGUAUGGCUGUUACGAAAAUCUGGUAGGAGGGCACCUUUCUGAUGCCUUGCAGGAUGUUUCCGGAGGAGUUGCUGAAACCCUAAAUGUAGCCAAGUUCCUAGCAAAUGCAACAUCGGAUGCAUCUCAGUCCCUGUUCAACAACCUGAAGGAAGCAUUCGACAAUGAAGCGCUGAUUGUUGCUGCAAUAGCGGUUGUUCUAUUCGCCGUCGAUCGUUUUAUCUCAAAGUUCUUUGUUAUGAGAUUGUUUGAUUCUGUGACGCUUAAGGCGAGGUCUAAGGGAGAAAUUGAGGAGGCCCUAGAUUGCGGCUUGGUCAAAGGACAUGCCUACGCUGUCACAGCUGUAAGAUAUGUGGAGCUGGAUGCUAAGUCAAGCGUUUUCAGCCACACGAAUAAUAUACGAAUACGGAUGAUUCGUCUCCAGAAUCCAUGGGGCGAGAAGGAGUGGAAUGGACCUUGGAGCGAUGGGAGCAGGGAGUGGGAA